AUGGAAGAGCUAGGCUGAUGUAGCGUCGAAAUAACUGUCUUUCCAUCUUUAGCUAAAUCUAUUAAAACGUCAAUAAGCACUUCUGCUGUAAAACUGUCUAACCCUGAGGUCGGCUCAUCUAAAAUGACUAUUUGUGGAUCAGAAAUCAGCUCCAUUCCUAUGCUUACCCUUUUUCUUUCCCCACCAGAGACCCCUUUAACAGUCACGCUACCUAUCAAAUUAUCAGCAAUAUGGCUUAAUCUUAAUUUUCCCAUAAUUUCAGCCACCUUUUUAUUUAUCGUACUAAUUGACCCACAAAAUGUCAAUCCUGCUGCAAAUGUUAAAGACUCUUUUACAGUAAGAUAUGGGAGCAAAAUAUCUUCUUGUGUGAUGUAUGCGCAUUUUUUAGUGAAUUUUGAUGAGUUAAUGUCUAUGCCAUUUAUCAUGACUUCUCCUGUGACCUUUGAAUUAGGUGAGCAUUUGACUCUGCCAGCUAUUAUAUUUAGCAGAGUAGUUUUUCCUGCACCUGAAGAGCCCAUAAGGACAGUUAGUUCUCCUGGGCUGGCGUAUCCUGAUACCCCUUUUAAAAUUAUUUGACCUUUAUUUUUGAUUCUGACGUGGUAA